AUGGACUACGGCGUGCCCCCCGAGCUCGGCGUCGACCCGAGCGCGAGCGGCGGCAUCUCCACCGGGACGACGAUCAUGGCGUGCGUGUACGACGGCGGCGUCGUCCUCGGCGCGGACUCGCGGACGUCCACGGGCGUGUACGUCGCGAACCGCGCGUCGGACAAGAUCUCGAGCGUGACGGACAACGUCUGGAUGUGCCGCUCCGGCUCGGCUGCGGACACGCAAAACGUCUGCGCGUACGUCAAGAACCUCGUGGACCAACACAACAUGGAGCGCAGCGACGCGGACCCCGGGAUGGCGGACGUGAAGCUCGUCGCCAACCUCACGAUGCAGAUCGCGUACAAAAACAAAGACAAACUCAGCGCGGGGAUGAUCAUCGGCGGGUGGGAUUCGAAGCGCGGGCCGCAGGUGUACGGGAUCCCCCUCGGCGGGUCGCUGCUUCCGUGCCCGUUUACGAUCGGCGGAUCGGGCGGCGCGUACAUUUACGGGUGGUGCGACGACACGUGGAAGGAGGGGAUGUCGAGGGAGGAGGCGGAGGCGUGGGUGACGCGCGCCAUCUCUCUCGCGAUCACGAUGGACUCGUCGUCCGGCGGCGUGAUUCGGUUGGUCACGAUCGACGACAAGGGGUGCAACAAGCAGAUGCUGGAGCCGUACAAGCACCUGAUGACGUACGGCGAGUUGCCGGUGAAGAGGGUCGGCGUCGACGCGAUGGCGGCGUGA